GCCGUGUGCAGUGCAGCCAGAACUUCGGGCUGUCAGUGCGUGUUCUGCUCGGUGCUCUGAGCCCCGCGCGCCGUCCGCGCUAUGGCCCUUCCGCCGCAACUGCAGGCCCUACUCUUGGCUGUCAACACAUUGCUGCGCAAGCGCCGCUACCACGCUGCGUUGGCCAUGCUUAAGGGCUUCCGGAACGGGGUUGUCUAUGGAGUCAAAAUCCGAGCCCCACAUGCGCUGGUCAUGACCUUUCUCUUCCGGAGUGGCAGCCUCCAGGACAAGUUGCGGGCCAUUCUGCAGGCCACGUACACACACGCCCGGAACCUGGCCUGCUUUGUGUUCACCUACAAGGGGCUCUGUGCCCUGCAGUCCCACGCACAGGGCAAGACCUACCAGGUGCACUCAUUCCUGGCUGCCUUCAUCGGGGGCUUCCUGGUGUUUGGAGAAAACAACAACAUCAACAGCCAGAUCAACAUGUACCUGCUGUCACGCAUCCUGUUUGCCCUGUGCCGUCUGGGCGUGGAGAAGGGCUACAUCCCCGAGCCCAGGUGGGACCCGUUCCCGUUGUUCACUGCGGUGGUGUGGGGGCUGGUGCUGUGGCUUUUUGAGUACCACCGGCCCACGCUGCAGCCCUCCCUGCAGUCCUCCAUGACCUACCUGUACGAGGACAGCAACAUAUGGCACGACAUCUCCGACUUCCUCAUCUACAACAAGAGCCGUCCCGCAAAGUGAUCCGGCCC